GUGACGUUCAUGAGCAUGGUAACAUCAGCGUUAUCACUGACACAUUGGUCCUUCCUUCUCAUUGUGAUGCAGAGCCUCUCUAGUCUGAUUGGCUACUAUCUUCAUUGUGGAAUGGGACCUCGCAGUGGGUUGAUCAAGAGGACUUCCUCAAAAAAUGAAUUGUCAUUUGAGAAAGAUCAGUGAUGAAAAUAAUCUUUUGUACAUAUUUUGUAUUUGUGUGUUUUGUUAAAUUUGUGGAUCUUGAAAGUACAACUACUGUGAAAUUGAAUGUUAAUUUUCAGAAAAUAAUUGUUAGCUUUCACAAUAAAUCAGAAUAAGAUAUUUUAAAGAACAACCAUCCACCAGAACAAACAACAAAUUUGUUGAGCCAUGACAUGUUUAUAUUAUUAUAAUUCAUUUUUUGGUGCAAAUGAAGUCUAUCUGAUUUAGUAUAUCUGUAAUUCUUGACAACUCAAAUGAAUCAGGUGUUAGAAUUUCAGUGAAAAAAAUACAAAGCUGUGUGCUAGCUGCUUGUGUUUCUGUACUAUCUUAUCAGCUUGACAAGAGCAACACUUUCACUGUUAUUAAUGGUUAGCUGCACAUAAAAACAUACAGGUAGUAAUUCAAUCAUUACUGCAAUACAGGUUUAGCAGUUUUUACAAACUUUUUAACCAAACUGCUAUUUUUGUACAUGUAAAUUGAAAAUUCCUUGAUUAAAAAUAUAAAUAAGCAGGUGCAUAUAAUACUGUAUUAUACUAUGUAAAGGGUGCUAGCAGAGAUAGGACGCAGGAAAAAAAUUGGUUAGAAAACGGGUAAAAACCCUUAAUAUAUAAGAUAGGACGCAGUGGAAAAAUGUCAAAAUCGGAGCCGAAAAAUUUAGUAGGUUGGCGAUGCAUAUAUAACAUUUAUUAAAUCAAAAACAAAUAACUAUUAUUAAAUUUUAUGUCUCUGGCAUAAGUGCUGUUAGUAUUUAAACUGGUUUGCCAUGAAGAAGUAAAUGUUGACUGUUAGAAUUGAAUGUUUAGUUUCUUUAUAUAUCACAGAGAAUAUGAUGAUUUAUGUACAUGUAUGUGCUCUCUGUGUGGGGUUGUAUCAAAUAUACUUAUCCUUACUCAUGCCUUAGAGGGCCUUAGUGAUUCCAUUCCAUUGGUGGCCAAGUAUUCUAAAGUUUAAUAAAAACACUGGAUUUACUUUUUAAUUUAAGUUGGUUAUUGAAUAUGAACCCAGGAGCUUAGAAAUUUGUGUAUGCAUGUAAUUAAAUCUCAAUUAAUAAAUUAAUGGUUAAUUAAAGGAAUGGAUAUUUCCUGUUUAUUUGUUUUAUGUUGCUAAUCAGAUCUGAUGAACACUUUAUAUGUUUUGAAAGCUACCGCACAUGUUGAAGGCUGUUUUUCUGUUUUGUUUUAAAUAAUUAUCUCUUCCUAAGGGGCCAUUUGUUUUUGGAAGGACACAGAUACACAGAUGUUAUAACUAGAUGAUCUUUGAUGCUUCACAUUAUAAUUGGAAAAUUUACUUGAUUUGCAAGUUUAGUUGUAUUUUCAAACUUAAAUCUGAUUCAUUCAUGUGUCCAUCUUGCUGUUUCCUGGAUAAAGUGUAUAUGAUGAUCCUAGAAUAUUUGUUUCUUGAUCACUUUGUUGUGCGAUGUAUAUUUCAUUACUUGUCGUAAAUGAUUUUGAACAUUUUUGCCUAAAUCAAUGUCUGAAGUUCAAUUUCAGGCUUAUAUUUUGUUAUAACUGUUCAGAAUCCUUUUUUCUAGCUUUCCUGAGCACAUAACUUAGGGUAAGCUUUUCUCAUCCCAAACCGUUGGGUGUCCUUCCAUCUUCCUUUAACAAUUUCUUCCAAACAACAACUCGUCCUAAACCGCCUGGCCAAUUUAAAUGAAACUUCUCUGGGAUGUACUAAUGGAAUGUGCCCUUUUGAAUUGUUUAAUGAAUUCCGUAGUGAACUCAGGUUGCCAUGGCAACUGUUAGGAAAUAAAAAAAAUAUAUAUAUUGUUCUUUACAAUAACCGUGAGGCCUGCAGUUGAGAUAUUUUGUGUGUUAUAUUGUCUAGUGGUCCUCUACCAACUUGUUCCAAUUAUGCUCCUGGGGUCAAAACUUGCCCCCGCUCCAGGGGUCACAAGUUCCAUAGAGACUAAAAUGUAAAUAAGAAAAACUUAGAAAAUUCCUUGUCUGAAACAGCUAGGUGAGACCCUUAAUUUUUUGCAUCAUACAGUGGUAUUCCACCAAAAUUGUAAUUAUGCCCCUGGGGACAAAACUGGCCAUGCCCAGGGUUACCAAGUUUCCUAAAGACUUCUAUAUAGAAAUCAUUGAAAAUCUUCUUGUCUGAAACUGCAUAGCCUUGACCCUUUGAUAAUUUGUAUGUAGCAUCAUAUUGUUGGCUUCUAUCAAGCUUGUUCAAAUUAUGCCCCUGGGGUUCAAACUGGCCCCGACCUGGAGGUCACAGGUAAGACUAAUUUAGAGAAAUCUUUGAAAUCUUCUUGUUUGAAACCCUUGAUAUUUUUUAUGUCCUAUCAUAUAGUUUUCCUCUCAAAUCGUGCCCCUGGCCCCACCCUGGGUUAACAAGGAAAAUCUUUGAAAAUCUGCUUGUUUGAAACCUCUAGACACAGACCUUAACUAUUUUGUAUGUUACAUUGUCAAAUGGUCCUCUAUCAUGUUUGUUCAAAUCAUGUCCAUGGGGGUAAAAAUGGCCUCAACCUGGAGGUCACAAUUUUCCUAUAGACUUAUAGGGCGAAGACUUUGAACAUCUUCUUGUCUACAAUGGCGAGGCCAAGACCCUUGAUAUUUUGUAAGUAACAUCAUACAGUGGCCCUCCACCAUGUUUAUUAAAAUGAUGCCCCUGCUGACAAAACCUGUUGGAUCACAAGUUUCCUAUAAACUUAUAUAGUGAAAUCUUUGAAAAUCUUCCUGUUUGAACCCCUGUUUGAAACCCUUGAUAUUUUGUAUGUAGCAUCAUAUAGUUUUCCUCUUUCAAGUUUGUUCAAAUUGUGCCCCUUGGGUCAAAACUGGCCCCGCCCCAGGGCGCACAUGUUUCCUAUAGACUUACUUAAGAAAAACUUUGAAAAUCUUCUUGUCUGAAACUGCUAGGCCCAGACCUUUGAUAUUUUGUAUGCAGCAUCAUACAGUGGUCCCCCAGUAAGUUUGUUCAAAUUAUGCCCCUGGGGACAAAACUGGCCACUCCCUGGGGUUAACAAGUUUCUUCUCUAUCAAGUUUGUUCAAAUCGUUUCCUUAAGAAAAACUUGCCCUGCCGUUGCUUUCACAAGUUUCCUAUAGACUAAUUUUUGAAGCUAUAGCAGCAAAGUUGGGACCAUGAGUGCAGUUUUGAAAAAAACAUCAGUGUUGUGCUUGGAUGACCUUAACCACUCUAACAUUUGACUACCAUAUUCUUGAUCAUAUUUCAAUCCCUAGUUGUAUUGGAAUAAACUCAUUCAUUCUCAUUAAAUAAACAAUUAAUGUAAUUAAUUAACAUGAAAGCAAAUUUGUAUGCUGUACAUGUAUUUUUCUUCAAUGGAAGUAAAUAGUAGAUAACCUUGAGAAUUUUAGCUGACUGCAAUACAAUGUAACUGUUGUUCUACCAGAUAUAUUUUUUAGAAUACAGCAACAGUGAUAACGAAUUUGAGAUUACAUGUAUACAAUUGAUUUACAUUGAUGACCUCAAUCAUAAACAAUCAAUUUUAGACAAUAUUUGAUUCUUGUUAUAUCCCUAUUUAUAACAUAAUGUAUUUAUUCAUAUUUACAAUAAAGUGUGUGUUAAUUUUUGUAAUUCUAGAAGAUGAAAUUGGAAAUAUGAUAGUUGUUAUGUGCACAUCUACACAGAGAACUUCAAUGGUACAUGAACAUUUUUAACCUCAACAAACACACAAGGUUAUACAAUAUCGUAUUUGUUUUUUGGAAAUAUACGCUUGAAAAUCAAGUUCAGCAAGUUUUAGGUCAUAUCAUAGCACUGCAGUGCAAUGCUCCCAGCCCAAACCAGCCAUUACUCCUAUUGUUAGUUUAUCUGUUUUAAAUAACAAAAAUGAUAUAUUGUCAUUGUGUUGGCCUCAUUGUCUACAUUGAUGUUUUUGUAACAUAUUGACCUUAAAACCGUUAUAGAUAUUCUAAUGAAACGUGGUACACAUGUUGCCAGAGACAAUAUCCACAUUUACAGCAAGGAACAUAAUUUAAGCUUGAUUAAAACCAUGCCCCUUUUUCAAUUGAAAAAUAACUACCUAACGAUCUUGUUUCAUGAAGUUAUGUCUAAGGCUGAGCCCUCGAUUUGCAUUUUUUACAUUUUUUUUUUUAAAAAUUUAUAGAAAAUGGCC